CAGAUGCAAACAAAGCAGGUCCCAGUCCUCUGGGCAUGCUUCCUCCUGUGGAAUCUCUACAUCGCCUCCUCCCAGGUGGUUUACCCUGGAAUCCAGGCGAGGAUCACUCAGCGUGCACUAGACUAUGGUCUUCAGAUUGGGGUGAAGAUGAUGAAGCAAAUGGCAAAGGAUAUUGUCAUCCCGGAUGUGAAAGGCUCUGAGUCUCUCGAGUUUCUCAAGAUUGACUACGUAAAGUACAACUUCUCAAACAUAAAAAUCAAUGCCUUCUCAUUGCCGAAUGCCUCGCUGGCCUUUGUGCCUGGGGUAGGAAUCCGAGCACUGAGCAACCACGCCACGGCCAACAUCAGCACCAACUGGGAAGUCAGGGCUCCACUUUUCCACGACAUGGGAGCUGCCGAUCUGUAUCUCUCUGGAAUCUACUUUACUGGUAUCAUUGUCCCCACCCGGAAUGACCUCGGUCAUCCAGCCCUGGAACUCCAAGACUGCCAUGCCCAAGUGAGCCAUGCCCACGUCUCAUUUUCUGGAGGCCUCAGUGUUCUGUAUAACUCCUUUGCUGAGCCCAUGGAGAAACCCAUUUUGAAGAAUUUAAACGAAAUGCUCUGUCCCAUUGCCAUCAGUGAGAUGGAAAUGCUCAAUGUCAACCUUAGUGCACUGGAGGUUUUAACCAAGAUUGACAACUACACUGUGCUGGAUUGCUCUUUGAUCAGUCCUCCAGAAACCACUGAGAACCACCUUGACUUGAAUUUGAAGGGUGCAUUCUACCCACUGGAAAGCCUCGUUGACCCACCCUUUCUACCAGCUCCCUUCGAGCUCCCAGACAACAGGAACUCUAUGCUUUACAUUGGCAUCUCCGAGUACUUCUUUAAAUCUGCGUCCUUUUCACACUAUGUAUCUGGAGCUCUUGGUACCAUACUGUCCACCAAGGAGAUUUCAAAAUAUUUCAACCAAAACACUCAAGGAGUUGGCAGCGUGCUCUCCAAGAUUGCAGAGAUCUACAUCUUAUCCCAGCCGUUCAUGCUGCAGAUCAUGGCCACAGGGCCUCCUGAGAUCAACUUACACCCCAACAAUUUCAGCCUGGAGUUCCCUGCUUCCGUCGUCAUGCUCACUGAGCUGGAGAACUCCACCAUCGAGCCCAUCGUCUCCAUGGACUUUGUUGCUAGUACCAGUGUUGGCCUGGCUAUUUUGGGACAGAAACUGAUCUGCUCCUUAUCCCUGAACAGAUUCAGCCUCUCUUUGCCAGAGAACAGCCAGAGAGAUGCCAAGGUCGUGAGAUUUGAGAAUAUCCUGUCUUCUAUCCUUCAUUUUGGAGUCCUCCCACUGGCCAACACAAGACUGCAGCAAGGAUUUCCGCUUCCCAACCCCUACAAUAUCUCAUUCGUCAAUUCAGACAUCAAAGUUCUUGAGGGUUUCCUUCUGGUUUCUACUGACCUGGCGUAUGAAACAUCCGCCAAACAACAGCCAAAUCGCCACGUCUGGGGGGGUCUGAACCUGGCAAAUGGACCGUGGAGAGAACAGCCAAACCACUGA